UUGCGACGGCAAAUGUCCCGGAAGGUCAACAGGUACCUGGUAGCGUUUCAGUGCGUAACUACGCUCAACAGUUGCAUCUGGGCUCUAACCAGUGGACUGCAUGAAGACAUUUUCAAAAUUCCCUUCCCCAUGGAUGGAUUGCCGGAUGUGCUGAAACAAGCUGUAGAUCUAGGCUUUGCGAUACUUCUGAUCCCUUGGUGCUUUACAAUUUGGCACAGCACGACAUUGUUCGUUCCCAUGUUGAGCAUUUUGCACACGGAGCUGGCGAUAAUCGUUGGCCAGUUUGAUGGUCUAUUUGAAAAAGUUGUCGCCAAUUACGCUCUGGAGCCGAACGAUCUGGAUCGAGUGUCGACGAUUCAGCGGUCACGUUUCUGGGCCGAGCUGGAUAUGACAUUCAAAACUGCCAUUUCUCAUCAUUCCGCGUUCAUCAGUAACCUACAGCUACUCAGAAACAUAUCCAGCCUCAACUUCUUCAUAUUUCUUUGCUCCAGUGCGUUGGUCAUAACAUUCAACAUAUUCCCUUCUAUCACAUAUCCCUCGCUUGAGCAUCUGCCUUUGCUACUGUUGGCCCUCCAGUAUGUCACCGAAGCCUAUCUCUGCUGCACCAUGUUUGACAAUUUGGAAAAUGAGAACAAUCGUAUCGCCAAUCACGUGUACGUCAUCGAUUGGCUGUAUUCCGUGGGCAAAAGCAGCAAAUUGGAUCAAGCCCACUGCAAAUCGAUUCUACAGAAUGCGCUCAUACUGAACCGACAGAUUAAUGCAGGUCUCGCCAUCCAGGCUGGAGGGAUUUUUCCACUUAAACUGAUGACGUUUACACAAAUGAUAAAAUCUGUCUAUUCACUGCUGACAAUGAUGGUGCAAUCGGUGGCCUAG